UUUUAUAGAAUGUCACAAUUGUUGUUUGUUUUCUUUACAAUGAGAAUCUAAUUAACAAGAUUCGUCAAUGAGCAUAAUAAAUACAAAGCAUACUUCAAGAACUGAAUCAAUAAACCUGCAAUGGAUCUUCAACUAAGCACUAACCUUCUCCUCAUCACAUCCUUCGUUUUUGCUUUCAUGCUUAAUGCUUUCUUCAAAUGGUUCUCCUCUAAGAAGCAGAGUUCAACGGCUGCGACAAAGCUGCCACAGAGCCCUUCAGCUUUACCAUUGAUUGGUCACCUUCAUUUGAUAGGCAAAGUGCUGCCUGUCUCAUUCCAGAGCCUAGCUCGCAAGCAUGGCCCACUCAUGGAGAUACGUCUCGGUGCUUCUAAGUGUGUUGUAGUCUCAAGCUCUUCGGUGGCGAGAGAGAUCUUCAAAGACCAAGAGCUUAAUUUCUCCUCGAGACCUGAGUUUGGUUCUGCUGAGUAUUUCAAGUAUAGAGGGUCAAGGUUUGUCCUAGCGCAGUACGGUGAUUACUGGAGGUUCAUGAAGAAGCUCUGCAUGACCAAGCUUCUCGCUGUUCCGCAGCUUGAGAAGUUCGCUGACAUCCGUGAGGAGGAGAAGCUGAAGCUGGUCGAGUCUGUGGCCAAGUGUUGCGGAGAAGGGGUGCAUUGUGACUUGAGUAGCCUGUUCGUGAGUUACACCAACAAUAUCAUCUGCAGGAUGGCGAUGAGCACGAGGUGUUCGGGUACUGAUAAUGAAGCAGAGGAGAUUAGGAAGCUGGUGAAGACAUGUUUGGAGCUUGCGGGGAAGGUCAGCGUUGGAGAUGUGUUGGGACCAUUGAAAGUACUUGAUUUUUCAGGGAACGGGAAGAAGUUAGUAGCUGUGAUGGAGAAGUAUGAUCUGCUUGUAGAGAAGAUCAUGAAGGAACGUGAGGCAAUGGGGAUGAAGAAAGAAGGUAUGAGAAAAGACAUUUUGGAUAUGUUGUUGGAGACUUACAGAGACCCAACUGCUGAAUUGAAGAUAACGAGGAAUGACAUGAAGUCUUUCCUGUUGGAUGUUUUCAUGGCGGGAACAGACACAUCAGCAGCAGCAAUGCAGUGGGCAAUGGGGGAACUAAUAAACAAUCCACAAGCGUUCAACAAGUUAAGAGAAGAGAUUAAUACCAUUGUUGGAAGCAAAAGACUAGUCAAAGAAUCAGACGUUCCUAACCUCCCUUACCUCCGAGCUGUCCUAAGAGAAACUCUGAGGCUCCACCCUUCAGCUCCUCUGAUCAUAAGAGAAUGCGCAGCGGACUGCCAGGUGAACGGGUGUCUUAUCAAGUCAAAAACACGUGUGCUAGUAAACGUCUAUGCAAUCAUGAGAGAUCCAGAGCUGUGGAAUGAAGCAGAACAAUUCAUACCCGAGAGGUUUCUAGAGAGCUCUCAAGAGAAGAUAGGUGAGCAUCAGAUGGAGUUCAAGGGGCAGAAUUUUCGUUACCUUCCGUUUGGGAGUGGGAGAAGAGGAUGUCCAGGAGCGUCUCUAGCCAUGAACGUGAUGCAUGCAGGUGUGGGUUCGUUGGUGCAGCGCUUUGACUGGAAGUGUGUUGAUGGAGAGAAGGUUGAUCUGAGUCAAGGUUCUGGUUUUGCUGCUGAGAUGGCUCGACCGCUUGUCUGCAAUCCUGUGGAUUGCUUCAACACUUUCUAAGUGCCUGUUUCUAUAAGACGUCCCAAGAUGUAUCUGUAAUUCUGUACCAUUUUCAAGGCUCUUU